AUGGAGAAAGAACCUGUUGACUUUUGGGUUAUGGAAGCGAUUGGCAUCGAUAUUGCUCAGUGCCUCGAUGAGUUCCGUGGUAAGGUGGGUGAUGGUCCAACCAGAUCUGAAUACUGGUUAGAGCAUACUCAAAGGGUUUUAGAUGAGAUAUUGUGUCCUCCAUAUGACUGUUUGAGAUUUGUUGUGUCGUUGAUGAAAGUGGAAGCUUUUUACUGGUGGACUGCUCUAAUCGCGGUUGUACCUAAGGCACGAGUGAAUUGGGUAUUCUUUAAAACUGAGUUUCGAAAGAAAUACGUCAAAAAGAGAUAUCUCAACAAAAGGAAAAAAGAGUUCCUCAAGUUGAAACAGGGUAACCAAUCUGUUGCAAAAUAUGAAUGUAAGUUUGUUCAACUCAGUAAAUAUGCUUGUGAAAUUGUAUCUUCUGAGGAAGAAAUGGGUAUACGGCUUGAAGAUGGAUUAAAUGACGAGAUCAAGUUGUUGGUUGGAGUGAUGAAAAUUUGA